AUGACAACCGAUGCGAACAACAACGAGGGUCACGGAAGCUUAGUCGUCGGACUUUUUAUUCUCGGCAUGUGUGUGUCGGUCAUGGUAUACUGUGGGAUCCGACAGAUGCUAGAUCCUCCGCCUCCUCGGCGUCCGGAAAUGUCCCUGGAUCAGAGGGCGUAUAUGCGCAACAUACGCCAACGGAAUCUCGACCAGCUCUGUUCCACUGCGCAAUCUAAACACAGUCCUUCAGCAACGGAUGUGGACUCGAUCAGGAACCUUUGA